UGAGCAUCUCUGCUAGCCACCACUCAAUUUAGUGUGGCUUUAUGGUUGUGAUUUUUGGAUGCUUAAUAGUUGCAGGCUUCCUCUCUAAGAAUGAAUGGUCACCAGGGCAGUGAUGGUGACAGGUUAUUACAGCCAGAGCUCAGCUGCCUAGGAGAUGAGACCUUAGCUGCCACUCGAGAGAAAGAAAGCAGCAGUUUGGUGUCCUCUGGACUUCAUGUUCUCACUUAUCCCCUAGCUACCAGGAAUGAAGACUUUGCACUUGGCUAUGCCCCUCAGCCAGCAAGCCUUCAGUACCCUCACAUAAUGCCACUCCCUGAAGACAGCAAAGGCUCCUGCUUCCAGAGUGGAAGCAAGCGGAACCAUGAGCCCUUCAUCGUUUCAGAGAGAUUUGGAAACAGCGGCAUAGGCUUUGGAGGUAGCUCUCACUCCCAAGCCCCAGAGAAAGUGACACUUCUUGUAGAUGGCACACGUUUUGUGGUAAACCCUCAGAUUUUCACUGCUCAUCCGGAUACCAUGUUGGGAAGGAUGUUUGGACCAGGAAGAGAAUACAACUUCACAAGGCCCAAUGAUAAGGGGGAGUAUGAGAUUGCGGAAGGGAUCAGUGCCACUGUGUUCCGCACAGUGCUGGAUUAUUACAAAACUGGUAUCAUCAACUGUCCUGAUGGCAUCUCUAUCCCAGAUCUGAGAGACACUUGUGACUAUCUCUGUAUUAACUUUGACUUCAACACUAUCCGAUGUCAAGAUCUGAGUGCUCUACUCCAUGAGCUGUCCAACGAUGGUGCCCACAAGCAGUUUGAUCACUACCUCGAGGAACUGAUUCUUCCCAUCAUGGUGGGCUGUGCCAAGAAAGGGGAGCGAGAGUGUCACAUUGUCGUGCUGACAGACGAGGACUCUGUGGACUGGGAUGAAGACCACCCCCCACCCAUGGGGGAAGAGUAUUCCCAAAUACUGUACAGCUCCAAGCUCUACAGAUUCUUCAAAUACAUCGAGAAUCGGGAUGUUGCUAAAACAGUGUUGAAGGAACGGGGCCUGAAGAACAUUCGCAUUGGAAUUGAAGGCUACCCUACCUGCAAAGAAAAGAUUAAGAGGAGACCUGGUGGGAGGUCUGAAGUUAUCUACAAUUAUGUACAGCGCCCCUUUAUCCAGAUGUCAUGGGAAAAGGAAGAAGGAAAAAGUCGCCAUGUGGAUUUCCAGUGUGUUCGCAGCAAGUCCCUCACUAAUUUGGUGGCUGCUGGAGAGGACAUCUUGGAAGACCAGGAGAUAAUAAUGCACCACCCACCUCAAGUGGAUGAACUUGACCGGUUAAAUGCUCCACUCUCUCAGAUGGCUCCUAAUGACUUUCAAGAUUAGGGACAAUCGGGCCUGCCCCUCCCUUGCCAGAGCUCUUCUCUUUGUGGGUACCCUCAACCUGUCCUGUGUUUCCUCACCCUAAGGAGAUGCUUCCUCCCAUCUAUUUCUGUCCCCUCUCAGUUGUUAUUAUAAUACUCUUUUCUGAGUCUGCCUCUGGCUGGGUAAAGAAACUCUGUGGUAAUUAGGUGUCCAGCCUAGUCAGCUCUGGUAAACAAACAUUUUGGGUGUGGUGCUGUUGGUUGGGUCUUGUACAACUACAGGAGAGUUGGUUGACUCCUGUCACCCCAUGGGACACAGUAGUCACAUUCUUUACACCCAGUGGGUGGGUUUUGCAUCAGACAAAUUGCUUAAUAGCAAAAGGACCAAAUGUCAAAGGAGACCUUGUGUGUGCUGGCACAGGUAUGCCCUGCUGAGGUGUGCCAGGGUGGGUGAAAGGCACAUCCAGGGUGACAUCAGGAUAGAAAGUUUGAAAGGCAUCCCCAAGAGCUCAGACUCAGCUCUGCUUUGUAUUAACACAGAACAGACACCUGAGACAAGAUCUGCAGCAGGAAGAGUGUGACCCUGCAAUGUUAGUGCAGCAGCCUUUGGCCUCAGGGAUUCAAAGCCCAAACUGAUGCUUCAUUUGGAAGUAAAACUUGGAAAUAGGUGGCAGAAUGGCUCCAGAUCAGGCCAGUGGGACCUACCCCCCAGGGACAGUGUGGUGUGGCAGGAGACUUGGUACCUUGAAGGUAAAAAGAUUUGCUUGGUAUCUUCCUGUGAGCUCCAGGGAGGAGGGUUGUGGUGAAUGGACAGGAAUCCUCACCUACCUGUGCAGACACUGCCCGAGAGUUCUCAACACCAAUACAUUCGUGUUUUUGUUUUUCUGUGUGUGGUUUUUUUUUUUUUUUUUCUUUUUUUAAUAGCCCAUUAGCUGCUGAAACAUGGUCAGGUCCAGGCCUUGUCAUUUGGUUUGAUCUGUUCACUCUUCCAUGUGUGGUAGAUGGCAGUCCAGGUCCUCAGUACCUUCCUCUGACAUUUCCAUGACUGUUUGCAUAGUCAAGAGCCAAACAGUGUCUGGGAUUACCUUAUUUCCUGGUAGAGUUGACGUUGAAUUGGUCCUCCACCCUCGACCUUUUCCCAUCGUAGGUGGUGCAUGUAAGCUGUUUUCUUCAAGUUCCGUAAAGAACAUGGUUGGUUUUUUGAAUUCUGCUCCCAUUGGGUACUGUUUAGAAUACUACUUGAUGGCAGUGACAUCAGGUUUGGGAAGAAAAGGGCUCUUCUUAGGAAGAAGGGUGUUUUCUGUGUCACGGCAGCAUCACUGUGGGUGAUCUACCUUGCUCAGAAAAGAACUGAAGUGUAACUAAGCAACCCUGGUUUUUGUGGCGAUUGUUGGUGUCUUGGUGAGGUGAAGGCCAACAUCCAGAAGUUACUUCUGGGAGUUUACUGGCUCACUUCUGAGGUCAGGUUUGGCCCUGAUUUUGUUGGUGCUAUGUCUGCCCACUAGCGGCUGAGCAGCCCAGGCCCUGGUUCAGUGGUGCUUUCCCUGUGCUGACCCAUCGGUGGCCACUGCAGUGUGAUUGUGUCUGUGUGUGUAGUGUUGUGUCUGUGUGUGUAGUGUUGAGGUGCGAGCAGUCAUUUCUUUGUCCUUUGGAGUUGGUUCACUGCCUUUUAUGAACUAGGUCUUACCCCACGCUUUUACCUUGCAGUGGCUCCAGCCCAUGGAGUUUGAGUAGGAGGCAGUAAAGGCUCAUGGGUGGCAUUGGAUGGUGGGAACUGAAGGCAGGCCUGGGACACAGGCUGGCCGUGUGGAGAGGAGGCUUCUGUACUCUCAGCCCACCCUUACCUACAUUUCAGUCUUGAGCCCCACUGAAGGCUUGCCUGAUGUUCCCAGAGUGGGCACAUUAUUUAAUGCUCCUUGCAGGGUCAAUGACUGGGUUCUAGUCAUCUUUGGAGUUGGUUCCUGGCUGUAUGAGGAAGAGGACUUCUCUAAUAAAGAAUGGAUUUGGAGCUUACGCAUCUUUUGUAAGUGCCUGAAUAAGUAAGUCGGGCUGUGUGUCCAGACAGUCUCAUGAAAAAUGACUUUACUCAGAGUAAAGCAGGAUAGAAGAUAACCUGAACCUGAGGCUUGACUGUUCAGCAUGUCCUUGUAUCCUGUGUAGUGGAUGGAAACACCUGCCGGUAAGGAGGUGCAGAAUAGGGACACAGUAUUAGAAUGUCAGAAAUUAGAUGGCUCUCCAUGGGGAGAUGGGGGUGGGUACAGUGCUGUAUUACUGUACCCAGCACCUCAGGAGAGUGAACAGGCCUGAGAAAUGCUGUGGGAACAGCACAGAGGGCGUGUCUUAGGGAGAAUGAAAAUGCUCAGAGCACAGCCUUCAGCUUACAGUGUGAUUCCCUUUGCUUUAAGUCAGGAGUUUUAGCGCUGCACUCGCUAUCACUUGCUGCCCUCUGUAGUUUGAGGUGGGUGCAGGGAGCACAGCAGGGCCGCCUCUUCCCAGGAGGCAGAGCCACUUUUGUGUCUGCAUGGGAUCACUUCUGGAAAAUUACAUUUUCUCCUAAAGGCAAAAUGCUUAUAGAUUUUGCCUCUUAACUUUGUAUUUACUUUUGAAGUUGCACUUGUUCACCUACUAGUGUUUACGGAAUCCUGUAUAUGGGAUGCUUUUUCUAUAAUAAAGUAUUUUUAUUUGUG